GGUAAUUAUGCAAUCAUGUACUGCAUGAAGCAGCCUAUAAAUCAAGCACCGACCCUAGAACUUGCCUUCAAAGCUCACUCUACCUCAAACCCACUCUUUAUACCACAUUACAGACAUAGUUUUGGUCACUGAUACUGAGAAAAUAUGGUGUCACGCUUUCUUCUUCUUGUUGCUCUCUUGCUCUUCUGUGUAGCCCAGGUGUCAUCUGAUGCUGAGAUUGAAGACUUCCAGACCCAGGUGGUGAAAGGAGCUAACAGAAGGCUUCUGCCUUUCAUGGACUGUGGAGGGUUGUGCAAAGAUAGGUGCAGUCUACACUCGAGGCCAAAUUUGUGCAAAAGAGCAUGUGGUACUUGCUGUGUGAGGUGCAAGUGUGUUCCUCCGGGUACCUCAGGGAACAGAGAGCUGUGCGGGACUUGCUACACUGACAUGACCACUCAUGGUAACAGGACCAAGUGCCCUUAAUUAUAUAUGCCACUACUGUCUUCUCAGAAUCUCUAUAAACAAAGCCUCUCUAUGUUUUGCUUAAUAUGUUCCUAUGUUUGAUGGAGUAUGGGGGUAUGUAACCCUGUUCUUUGCUAUGGUGUACUUCUUGUUUAUAUAAAGAUGUGGACCAUGUGGUGUGUGUUGUCUAAGUCUCUCUUCUUCUAUGUUUAUGAUACGACCCGGACCCUUUUCAAAACGUUACUAUUACAUAAUAUGUAUUAAUUUCAAGUCUUGCA